CAUAGGAGCGGCGCUGUGUUGACUUCACCUCAGAGGAAACUUGGAUCUGUUCGGGGUGCGACACUCAUCCAUCCACUCAAUUAACAGCUAAUUAGGAGAAGGCCAUCCUGGAGUCUGGAGCGCGUGUCUGUCCGUCCGUCUGUCUGUCUGUCUGUGAGGCACUUCAUCACGGUCCUGACGACGUGCUGGGCUCCGCUGCUGGAACACAGACCCGCUGAAUCUAUUUCAGGAGACAUAAACUGGGUGCAAACACAGCCGGGCGGAGGACUCGGGGGCAGACAUGUCGGACAGCACCGGCUGCGAGUUUGAAAUCGACGUGGAGGGCCUGGAGACGGAGAGCGACGACCUGCCGGACUCCUCCAGCCGCCCCGGCUCGGAGCCGCUCGGCCCCGCCGCCUCCGAGGACGACGGAGACGGCGGCAAGGCCGACGACAAGCCGGGCCCCAGCGGCCUGUGCAUGGGGGACCAGAGGAAGCUGAGCCGGACGCCGAAGUGCGCCCGCUGCCGCAACCACGGCGUGGUGUCCUGCCUGAAGGGACACAAGCGCUUCUGCCGCUGGAGGGACUGCCAGUGCGCCAACUGCCUGCUGGUGGUGGAGAGGCAGCGGGUGAUGGCGGCGCAGGUGGCCCUGAGGAGGCAGCAAGCCACGGAGGAUAAAAAAGGGAUCUCUGGCAAACAGAUUCCAGCAGAGAGGAGGGCGAUAUAUCAGCGACAUAUUCGACCGUCCACCAUGCUCGCCAAAAGCAUCCUAGAAGGAUACCGUCCGGUGCAGUCUGAUCCUUUCCUGGCGGCCAACUCGUCUCUGCCCCCACCACUGAGCGAUCGCAUGAGGAAGAGAAGGGCCUUCGCCGACAAGGAGCUGGAAACCAUCAUGCUGGAGCGGGAGUACAAAGAGCGAGAGCUGCUGGAGAACAGCCAGGCGGCCACGGCUUCCCUCCUCUUCCCCAACAACAUGGUCCACCACGCCGCAGAGUACAACUGCAAGACGGCCUACUCGCCGGGGGCUCAGGUCGAGCCGCAGCCCAAGGAGCUCUGCAACUUCCUCGGCCCCAACUGCCUGGAUCUGUCCAUGCAAUACCCCGCCGGCUCGGCCAACGUCGAGCUCAUCUCCUCCAACGUCAGCGUGGCCACCACCUACUGCCACUACCCGCUUCAGCCGUCACGAGGCGGCUUCAUGAUGUGGCCCCGCGGCGCAGCCAACCUCAGCGACGCUCUGCUCUACCAGCAGUGCCUGUUCAAUGCCACGGCGGUGCAGAACAUGAAGCCCGGCGCCGUGUGGGAGCCAAAGGUGAUGCCUGCAGAGAGCCAGCCGCCGGAGCAGGAGGCCGCGGCUGCUUUCGCUACUAAACUGGAGGGAUCCCGAGCCGCUGCGCUGCAGGACUCGUCAGACCUUCAAAAGUCUGAUCCCAAACCUUCCGGUGUGUCCCAGGGGGGGCAGAGAGAGUGCUCGGCCUUCUCUCCACCGAAGAGGAGCUUCGGACAGUCGUUCCCCAGUAACUCUCAUUCCCAAAACUCAAGCCAAGUCCUGAACAAGCUGAGCAAGGACAGCGCUAAGCUUUCCAUGAAACUCAACUCCUUUCACUCUCUCAUCCAGCACUCGCUGAGUGAAAAAAACAGCAGCGGGGCCGUGCCGGAGCUCAGGGCUCCAUACUGCAAAGAGCUCUUAGAGGAGGCCGCCCGCAAGUUCAGGGAGGGAUCCGCCAAGGACAUUCAGGCCGUUAAAAUUGCAGACAGGUACGGCAAAGACUUUCUGUCCAAGCCUGUGGGGACCAAGAUGGCAUCCAGUGAGUCUCUGUCCUUCUCUGUGGAGGCCAUACUGAAGAGACCCACACCCGCUAUGAGUCGAGCAUUCCAUUAAUUUCCAUUGUGUCUUUUUCUUGCACUAUAAGCUUCAGGUUCGUCUCAGUACGACGGCAUCUCCAGUUGUGGUUUCGGGCACUGCAUCAGAAGUCAGACCAGCUAGAAAUUAUCCCCCCCCCCCACACACAGUGUAAUAUUUAUGUACAGUAUAUUAUAUUUUACACAUGCAUGUUUAAUAAGUUUAUUGUGUAGAGUAUUUAAACAUUAUUCCAAUGUUUUCCUCAUGUCAAUAAACUUUAUAAGACUGAA